AUGGGAGCGCCUGUAAAGCCUGCUGCGAGAGUCGCGGCGAGGAAGCAAGAUGUAUGGUCGAUUGUCAACGAAGCGGCUGCCGCUUCCCCCAAGCAGCCCAUUGUGAAUAUGGGCCAGGGUUUCUUUGGAUACAACCCACCAGAAUUCAUUUUAAAGGCGGCAAAGAGCGCUCUUGAUAGAGUCGACUGCAAUCAAUAUUCUCCUACAAAGGGUCGCCCGCGCCUAAAGAAGGCAAUUGCCGAUGCGUACUCGCCGUUAUGGGGACGGCAACUCAAUCCGGAGACCGAGGUUACUAUUACAACUGGAGCAAAUGAGGGGAUGCUAAGUGCCUUUAUGGGCUUCAUCGAGGAGGGGGAUGAGGUUAUCAUCUUCGAGCCUUUCUUUGAUCAAUACAUAAGUAACAUCGAGAUGCCAGGAGGAAAGAUUGUCUACGUUCCACUGCAUCCCCCGCCAAAAGGAGCCACCGAAAACACUUCGGCGAGCGAAUGGACCAUUGACUUCGCUGAGCUCGAAGCUGCAAUUACUCCUAGGACUAAAAUGAUAGUGAUCAAUACACCACACAACCCGGUUGGCAAAGUUUUCUCAAGAGAGGAAUUGCUCAGAAUCGGCAAUCUCUGCGUCAAGAACAACAUCAUUAUUCUCUCUGAUGAAGUAUAUGACCGUCUGUUUUACACGCCAUUUACGAGAAUUGCUACACUGUCCCCUGAAAUCGAGAGGUUAACUCUCACCGUCGGCUCCGCUGGCAAGAAUUUCUAUGCAACUGGAUGGCGUGUUGGAUGGUUGAUCGGACCCCCAGACCUGAUCACAUACGCUGCGGCAGCCCACACCAGAAUCUGUUAUUCCUCUGUGUCGCCCUUGCAAGAGGCGGCAGCUGUGGGCUUCGAAGAAGCUGACGCCAACAACUUCUGGGAAAACGCAAAGGUGGAAAUGAAGGGCAAGAUGGACAGAUUCAACGAAAUCUGGAAAGAGUUGGAUCUCCCCUUCUCAGAUCCCGAAGGAGGAUACUUUGUGCUGGUCAACAUGAAGAAGGUCAAAGUGCCGGCGGACUACCCCUUCCCUCCUCAGGUCGCAGACCGACCGAGGGAUUUCAAGCUGAGCUGGUUCCUCAUCCAGGAGGUUGGUGUUGCGGCUAUCCCGCCCACGGAAUUCUACACGGAUGCGAACGCACAUAUUGGCGAGGAUUGGCUGCGGUUUGCGGUCUGCAAAGAGGACGAGGUGUUGGAGAGAGCGAAGGAGCGACUGAGGGAGCUGAAGAAGUACAUUGAAGCAUAG